UGUGCCUAGCCAACAAUUAAGUAAUAAGUAAAUAAUUUUCAAAUAUGUACUUAAAAAAUAUAAUAGAAAACAAGUUUACCGUGAUAUCUUCUGUAGCCUUAAUACUAGUGCCCUAUUAUACAUGGAAACAUUUAUAUAACUCGUACAGAAAUUUCAAAAGGAAAUAUGAUGAAGAAUUACUGUUUCAUAAAAGACAUAAUUGUGUGGUGAUGUACAGUGGAUUUAAAGGUAUGAGUGGAUGGCCACCUCAUACAGAAAGAGUCAAGAUUGAUAUUAGUAAACAAAAUAGUUUGGCUAAACUACGUGAGCCUAUUAUAUAUUUUAUUGAUACUGCCAAGAAGUCUUUAGAUUUAGCUUUUAUGCUGAUAAGUGUAAAUACUGUGUAUGCAGCUUUAAUUAAAGCUCAUCAGAGAGGAAUUAAAGUGAGGGUUUUAUUAAAUUUUGAACACUGUGAAAACAAAUUGAAGGAUAUUAGGAAUUUGAUAAAAGAAGGUAUUGAAGUUUUAACAUAUGUAUCUCAAGGAAUGAUUAGUAUAAUGCAUUACAAAUAUAUAAUCAAAGAUUAUGCGGAAUCUGGCGGAUUUCUUUUCACAGGAUCUCUAAAUUUAACAGACUCUGGUUUUAUAAACAACUAUGAAGAUGUUGUUUUAACUUCCAACCAUUAUGUAGUAAAAGCUUUCCAAGAAAAUUUUGAAGACUGUUGGAAUUUUGUAAAAAUAGACAAUGAAGAUAUAUUUAAUAAAACUACUUUGCUUGAUGCUAACUUGAUAUAGAAUACAAUUUUUGAU